AUGGAAGAACAAUUCGUCUUGGAACACUGUUAUUUCGAUGAGGUCAAAGUUCUAGCAACCCUUUUCGGGGGUAGCCGGGUCUAUCUCGCUUCAAUAAACGAUGCACGAUGGGACUCCUUAGACUGGGACGGCGCUUUGAUACUUGGGACCAAGGUAGACAUCUUUAAUUUGGUCAACGGACACCGAAGCGACUUGAUGAAAAUGCUCGAUUUGAAGCAUGAAGAAUACCCGCAACUCCUGGUACCAAACCCGUCGAGUGCAAGGUGGGAUGAUUUCGAUGCCGUGCGAUUUGCUGGGCUUACGACUGCUGGACAAAGAAAGUCAGUAAAAAUACUGAGCAUAGACUACUUCUCGAACUCACGCACCACCGCUCUAAACAUCUUAUCUUAUAAAGAUAGACGUGUAUUCCAAAGCUCUACGCCCGAAGGUGAUGAAUGCUACCUUAUCCAUCAAGUGUCCCGCAUUGAGGAUGGCAUGUGUAUCCUUCAUGACCAAUGGAUUUUCAAGGAUGACACAAAAUCUUGUGGGCAUGGUAGUGCCAAAUCUCUGACAGUGUUCGGGCCAACAACCGACCUGCUCAUGUCAGGCGUUUGGAUCUAUGGAGAUGCAGCUUACGGACAGCCAAUUCAAGAGCACCUCCUAGAAUACUAUGCUGCCGUUGCCCACCAGUACGCCACGGUUGAGACUUUGGCUAGGUCCCCUCGAUUCAGCGACCAUCAUCGGCAAUGGCUUACAGAUCGCUUAUCUGCGCUGAAUGCAGGGAUACAACUUUCUACUGUCUGUGCUUGCGCAAAUGAUAGCGAGCUCGUCAUGUAUGGUGUGACGUACAGUGUGAAAACCAACCUUGAACCCAAAUGGCAAAGCCAAGCGAGUUGUCUCCCAUCUGGAGUCCAGACUAGUCUUGAGGCGGAAGAAUCGUCACCGGAAUCUAGUGCUAAUUUAUCAAUAUUCUCCUCAAAUUCAACUAAUUGGGUGGCUACUUUAGCACCCAAUGCAGGAAUCAAAUCAGCGACUGUAAAGAUAUUCUGUAAACGCUCAAAAAAUGGGCCGCAAGAGCGCUGGGGCGCUGAAAAAGCUGCCUGCUUCUACCCACGAGUGCAGAUACCCUUGAUUCACCGCUCUGGCCAACUAUUGUAUCCCUAUUUCAGGGGUAAGACAGAAUCGGAACUCAGGAUGUCCUUCAUUCAAGGCGGCCGCAGCGACCGGCAGCUUGCAUCGAUGACCAUGGAGAUUGAGCUGAUCAAAGCCGAAGACAUGCUAAGAGCGUAUCGCCGGUCGCUGAAGAGCUCCGCAAAGGAUGGAGAUCUCCAGGAGAGCCCUCCGAUAGAUCGCUUCUAUUAUGAACGCCUUGCAAGCAAUGCAAGAUUCAAUGAGUUCUACGCCGAUGGAGUGGAAUUCCACGGAAUUGUAAUACCAUUGAGCUCUUUUCUUUGUAUGCCACUUAUCGUGAAUGGGAAUUGCUACCCUUCUCUCGGCGAGAUCUCUCGAAAGGCUAGCAGUAUCUUACAUUCAAAAGCGACCUCCUCUUGUCCACAAACGUUCGGUCUCGGAGAUGCUCACGGUGGAAACAUUAUGGUGUCCCAGGAGCGGGGUCCGGACUACAAGAGAGAUAUGUUGUACAUCGACUAUGAAGUUGCAGGUUAUCAUUCAGCCAUGUUAGAUAUGGCAAAACCGUUUUACACUGACAUUCUCUUCGACAUACUCUAUGCAGACCAUCUGAAAGAUCUGCUACCCCUCGAAUACGGCCUGGACGAGAAGGCAAAAGUGAUUAAGAUCAAAUUGAACGGAGCCUGUGGUGACUGGUUGGGACAAGGGAUUCUGAACAUCAAACGACGUUACUUGCUGGAGCCGCUGUUCGAUCUCGCGACUCCCGAUGGCUGUAGUGCGCUAGAAGCGCACAUUCCGCAGCUGGCAUAUGCUUUGUUCUCAUGCGCUUGCAUGACUCGAAACUUCCAAGGACAAUGGGAGAGCCUCUUUCGGAACGUUGCGGUAGGUGUGAUGUUCUCGCAGGUGACUAACCUCGAGGAACUGUGGGCCUGCUGUCGAUCAUUGGGGCUGCACAGUAAUGGUAGGUCUCAUGAGAACAUUCACCGUCCAGUAGUCUGA